GAUAUGGGCCUCUCCCAAGGCGCGCGAUCCUGGUCGUCUCGGCUCCGUCCGCUGCCUACUACCCUGUGCAGUUGUUUUUAUCUUAUAACAUUACUAAGUGCUUCUGGCUCUUUAAAAAUCUUUGUAAAAUCUACUCACCGACUAUUCGGGCAGACUAACGGCGACUAACGACAAGAUGAUGUACCUGGAGGGCAGCCUGCUUUAUCUCACCAGCGCACCACGCCUGCCUUUAACGUGCAGGUAUUCCUUCAUUUAAAAUGGGAUAAUGAGACCGAGGACGGAUCACAAACGUGUUGAUGAAUUCGAAGUAUGGUGCUGGAGAAAAAUGCUGCGGUUCCAAUGGACUGCAUAUAGGACCAACGCAUUAAUAUUUACUUGUGAUGAUCGAAAUUAAAACAAGCCUUUCUGGCAUCUACCUCAAGCGAAUCCUACAGUAUUUCGGACAGAUUGCUAGAAAAUACGCAGUAAAUCUAAAAAAGCUGGUGCUUACUGGCAAAGUGGUAGGAAAAGGAUCGCGGUGGUGCAGUCCAAUGUAUUGGUCUGACCCGGUCCGCACCAUUUGGUUGUCCAUACAUAAAAGCAACAAAAAAAAACGAUUCCAUCGUCUGGGAUGCUCUCGCAGUAGCUGACGAAAGGACGAGAUGGCGCAAUAUCGUGACAACGAAACUCAUGGAUCACGGGGUCACGACCCUCAGACACGUGAAGCACUAAGGAGGAAUGAGACGGCGGCGUUGUGGUCACCCUUUUCUUCUACAGGAUACAGGCCUCCUCUAAUGGCGCCCCUGAGAUCCAAGGUGCACCUUGAACUCGUUUACUCCUCUGCCCUAUACUUAAUAAUAAAAAUGCACGGUCAAGCGACUUAGCUCUAGUAUAUGAUUAUCUUAGCAAUGCGUUCUAUGAUGUGUACAACAUCUAGCCGCAGGCGCUUCCGAUUUUUUAUAAAUUCAUUUUUGUAUCCAGGGAAAAUGUAGUCACAUUAUUGCAAUAAAUAUUUAUAUUGUGUAAUGCUCCUUACCAGUUCAAGCACACGAGUAGAACCAACUGGUUCGUUAGGAGGUACUCUAUUAGGUACGAGCAUUUAUAAAUUACUGUAGCGCGAUUCAGGGGAUGUCCGAGCUAUGUACAGGUGAGGCUACUAGAAAUUCAUUACUUGACUUGCGAACUCAGUUAUUUGUAUGCACGUGCUUUGUUUUAUAAUCGACUCUAUACUGAAAAGUAGACAGAUGGAUGUGAAGGGCCAAUCAAUAGUAAAAAGCGGGAAGAAUUAAACGGAUGCACGAAGAGGGAUUCACGUGCAAUGCGUGCUGCACGAUGUGACAGUGGGCGGCUCUAACACCAGCCACUCAGGAGGAUCACACUUGAUUAACACCUUAAAGCUCAUACCACUUCUCCACACGAGCUGUGUGCGCGCGCCGCUAUUUUGAUUCAUUUGUUUGUAAGCUCACAUCUGUACUGCCAACGAACUUGGUAAGCUCUCCCACGGCAAUAUAGCACAUACAUUUAAAAAAGAAAUUAAACUGGGUUAUCCGGAUAAAUAAAAAAAUGGAUUUCCGCGUUUGUCUGACGUUCUUAUUGUGAGAGCGUAAGGUCUAUUUUGUUAAGAACAUUAUGAUAUGUAGUUGACGAACCGUUUUCGCCUUUUAAUUUUAGGCUACACGAAUGAUGUUAAUGAUUUGUGUUCAUUCUGAGAGCGUGUGUCCGCCGCACGCGACGCGCCCUGCGUUAGACUUGUUGUUCGUGUUACGAGACGUCGCGUCGCGCGUCGUCUAGGUGCGGGACUGCGUGCACUGCUGCUCAACUUACUUUUUAUUUUUCGUUGGUUAUUUCAUUUUUAUGAAAUCCCACGUUUCGAAUAGGGUGGAGUUUCCGUCCAGCUCGCCGCUGACAUUUAUUGUUCUAUAAUAAAGUGUAGAGAUGGCAAGUGAAGUGAAAGAGGAAUGGUGCUCGGGCUGGGGCCGAUGGCAAGUGAGGCUGGCCCUCCUGCUGGCGCUGCCCGUGUUCCUCACCGGCGCCUACGGAACGAACUACGUGUUCCUGGCGGGCCCUACUGAGUACAGGUGUCGUGUCCCAGAAUGUGAAGGAUCUUCGAGCAAGGUCUCGGUGACGGCAGAGACCUGGUCUCAACCUUGGACAAAAUGGGCUCUGGUUCCCAAUGAUCCUUGUAGAAGAUGGAGCCCGAAGCACUUGGAUGGGGCUUGUACCGCUGACGCUUUCGACAACAGCACUUCAGAAGUCUGCGAGAACUUCGUGUAUCGGGCGUCGAGUAGUAUUGUUGUAGAGUUCGACCUGGCCUGCAAGGAGUGGAUGCGGUCGUUAGUCGGCACCAUUCACUGUGUGGGAAUGCUCAUCUCUCUGCCCAUCAUAGGCUUCAUAUCGGAUAGAUGGGGCCGUCGGAGCGCCCUGAUUGUGAGCAGCUGCGGCGCAGGAGUGUUCGGCCUCUGCAAGUCUUUCGUCGGGUCCUACUACAUGUAUGUGACAGCCGAGAUGCUGGAGACUGCCUUCGGAGCGAGUGUCUACCCGUCGGCCUUUGUCUUGAUGAUCGAAUGGCUCGGAGUCGAGCACAGGGUCCUGGCCAGCUUCGUGCUCGGCAUCCCGCUGUCCCUUGGAGCUGCUUUUUUAUCACUCUUGGACUACUUGACUGGUCACUGGAGACUCUGGGCCAGAAUAGCAUAUCCACCGUCAUUUUUAUUUCUCUUAUACCCUUGGGUGCUACCUGAGAGUGUUCGAUGGCUGAUCACUAGAGGGAGAGUCUCCGAAGCUGUGGCCACCAUCAGAAGUGCUCUGAACUGUAACCGGAUGACGAUUCCGAAAGCAGGCUUAGAAAAGACUGUGAUGAAUGAGCAGGAAGCCAUAGGGAGCAGUGGGGUCCUGCAGGACGAAAGUCUGCUGCGUGCUUUGAUCAAGUAUGAAGUCCUGCGUCGUCGGCUGUUCGUGUGCUGCGUGUGGUGGUUGUCGUGCGUGUUCGUGUUCUACGGGCUGGCGGUGCGCGCGCACGUGCUGGCGGGGUCUGCGCACGUGAACUACGCGCUGGUGGCGGGCGCGGAGCUCCCCGCGCUGGCGCUCAACACCCUGCUGCUGGACCGCGUGGGGCGCCGCCCGCUGCUCACGGCCGCCCUGCUGCUCACCGCCGUGUCGCUCAUCACUUUACCGUGCUUGCCUCAAUCGAGCACAGGUUGGGGCACGGCUCUGUACCUGUCGGGCAAGGUGGGCGUGACGAUGUCGCUGAACGCGCUGUACGUGUACACGGCGGAGCUGUUCCCCACGCGCGCGCGGCACCGCCUGCUGGCCGCCUGCUCCGCCGUGGGCCGCGUCGGCGCCAUAUUCGCGCCGCUCACGUCUUUGCUGGCGGAGUACAGGACGUGGCUGCCGACCGUAUUGUUCGGUUCCCUGCCUCUGCUGAGCGCGGCGCUCACCUUCCUGGUCCCCGACACGCUGCACCAGACGCUGCCCGAUUCCUUCGCAGACCUGGAAGAGUCUCCGCCACCGGUACACAUUAAUGAAGCUUAAAUACAUGUACUCCUUACAUACAAUUUUGUAUGAAAUUCUAGUUACUUUGGGGAUUACGACGAAGUGAAGAUCUUCCACCGAGCGGGUGAUAUUUGCUCGGUAGACCGACGGUCCGGUUCGGAACUUGUAUAUAUGCAAGCUUAUUUAAAAUGCCAUUAGUGAGAUUCAGAAAUCUGUCAAAUAUCUUGCGUUGUAUGAUGGCUACCCGCCACUUGCCAAAGGCUUGUGUAUUUUUGGCGUGAAACAAUUUACAAUUUACAAUCAUUAUACAAUUUUCAUCCGAAA